GCUUUUUUAUUGAGAGGCAGGAAAAGCUUCAGAGAGGCACUCACGACUUGCUGACGCAACAAAACACGAAAGAGAGUCUUGGAAAGCCAAGGAGACAAGAAAAGGACUGCCUGUUUAGAGGUCAUUCAUUUGGCUCAGCUCUGCACCUCGUGUCAAGAUGUCAUUUGCCAGUGAAAGGCUGUACAAUGGAUACUUGCGGCGGAAUAUGCCGAAAAUUGUGAGCAAGGUGAAAGUGAGAGAGAUGAUGAUGCAUCUGCCUUGCCUGACUGCUCACGAUAGGGAGAACAUCGAGGCAAAAAGAGAAACGUAUGGGGGCCUCGACAGCGCUAUGCUUCUUCUGGACUGUCUGAGGAGGAGAGAAAACUGGCCGGAGCAGUUCAUCGAAGCACUUGAGGCGUGUGAGCAGCCGACUCUAGCAGCUGAGAUUAGAGCAGAAUACGACGCUCUGAAUGGCGUCAACAAUUCCAACCCCGGCUCCCCUCCAACGACUGUCGUCAGGGCACACGUCCAUCCAGCACCAUCUGCCAGUCAUCUGUCCUUCCCAGAGAAUGGAGCAAACAGUCAGGCUGCUGUUGCUCCGCCAGCUGAUGCAUCAGCUCCUCCAGAGCCAGCUGCCCAGGUCUCACCCUCUCUGGAAAUCCCUGUGCAGCCACAAGCCCCCCAGAGCUCAGCAGCUCAAGUUCCUGAGGCUGUUUCUCCACCCGAGCCUCCACAGUCGACUCAGAAUGAAGUGGCACCCCGCACACCAACACCUCCUCCUUCUCCUGUCACUCAGGCGGUUACAACCCCACCUCCACAGAGGGAGAUUAAGUCUCACCAGGAGCCAGUGGAAAACUCUGAAUCAGACAUCCAGGAUGUCCCUGGUGAUGAUGGCGUGAUCCCUGAUCAGGGGAGCGCAGGAAACGGCGAGGUAUUGAUCAACGGUGUGGCCACUCCUCCUCCACCAUCUCGUCCUGUUGUGCCGUGUGAAACGGACACUCCUUCCAGCCCAGAUCGUCUCCAAACAGCAACAACCUCCACAGAGAUCAGGCCACCACAGAGUCCCUCUCCAACUCCGAUAAACUCAGAUGUGACCGAUGGAUCCUCUUUCCUCACGUUGACCCCAGAGAAGCCUCCAGUCCAGGACACCACCCCUCCUGUGGUCCUAAAACCUGCUGCUGUCCUGCAGCCUGAAGAGAUGUCUGAACCUCCUACUACACAGGUUGUUGAAAGCAGCCCGCAGACAGAAACUGCAGCUACAACCUCCCCUCCGCUGCCGGGUGCUGCUGGGAUGGACGCCUCUCUCUGGGCUGACAGCAGUAUGUGUCUGAGCAAGCCUGGCCAGCUCAUCAGCAUCCUCCCAGAAAAUCAUGACAGCCCUACCAUCCCUGCACCCAGCACACCGGCGCAGCCCUACUCGGGUAAUAGUGAGCGUCUGGAAAUGAGCGACGCUGCAACGGACGCCGUGACCUCUGCCCACCUUCCUGCAUGCUCUGCUGUCAGCUCCACCGCCGCGACUACAGCGUCAGCACUGCCAUGCCAGGAGAACGGCUUCGCUCUUAACCAUAACGAACCGGAGGAAAACAACUACGAGUCUCCUUGUCAGAGUUUGGAAAGGCAGGAGGUGCUGAUGCACGAGGUGCAUGUAUCUGAGGAGCCGUCUAUCCUCGACCUAGACGGCCAAAAUUCAAUACCACGAGCUCAAAUCGUCAACGGUGAAGCAGCCAAGGAGCUCACCUCUGCGCCACCACUAUCCACCAACACUGUUGAGACUGUAUUGAGUGUAAACACCUCCUUCAGUGAGAACCACCACCCCUCUGAGCCUGCACCCGCUGAUACUUCACCAGAGCAGGAUUCAGAGAAGAAGAUGGCCUCUCGCGCCCUGGCAACUAAUACAAAGUACGUUCUGACCGCUGCAGGAGUGGGCGCCUGUGCACUGCUGAUGGCGUGGAAGUUUAAGCAUUAAGGGGAUUUAAUACCUUUUAAAGGGAGAGAAGAUUAGGCUUUAAGGCUUUUGAAAGAGGAUCUUAAGGUUAUGGUGCCUUAUUGUAGUCACUGGACUGGGUUGGCGUGAGGCAGCUGUUUAAUAAUUACCUUUAGUAAUAAUAGCUGACUUGCCAGACCUUUGAUCAUGUCAUUAAUUAUGAGUAUGUUAAGUCCGACUAUGUUUUAUUGUUUUAUUGUUGAAUGAAGUUUGCCCUAGUGAGCAAAAACCAAAUCUACCCAUCUUAUUCUAGUUAGGGAACUUCGUGGCACUGGGUUGAGAUCUCAGGUUAUUUAUGCACUUGCUGCAAUUAUGUGGUUUGUAAAGAUACACCGAUGCUCUGUAUUAAUGAUAGAAAUGUUUGUAUGUUCACUUGUCUGAUAAGCACUUUCGAGAUAAGAAGGUUGGCGGUCAUCCAGUGAUUAUUAGCGUACAAAGGACCUGAAUUAUAUUGGAUGUGGACCUUGGAAGAAAGAGUACCAGCAUCACACUCUGUAAAUGAUGGCUAGUGCAAUGUCAGUAUUUAUUUGUACAUAUAUAUACACAAUAUAGAGAUAUCUAAUUAUGUAUUUUAAGAAAAACUGAUGCGUCAAAAACAUUCCAAAGCGCUCAUAAUGUCUAAAAGAAUCAGUCAGCUGCGUAAUUAAAUUAAAUACUUUACAUAGUCCAGACAAUUGCUCCAAAACCUUUUCCCAUGGCACUUCCUGUUUCCUAACCGUGAGCCGUCAUGUCAAUCGCUGCAUAUUUAACUGGGUAUUUAUAUGGUCAUUUCUGUGGUUGUUGCUUAUGUCUUUUGUUUUGAUCUUUGAAAAAAUUAAAAAUGUAGUGUAAAUAGUUUUUUAUGCAAUGGGAUCAUUUUAAAAAUGCACAAUUAAAAAUUGGAAAUGAGCAAAUUUUGCUGCACUUAGCCAUCCGGGUGUAAAUGUUUGAGAUUACAUUUUAUUUUUCCUUAGGUUUUGUUUUCUCCUUUAAAUAGAAACAAGUUUGAGAAGUUAUGUUCUGUGAGAUGACAUUUUAUUGUAAAUAGCAUUGUCAAUAUAAGAAGUGUCAGAAAGAAAACCAACUUAAAUUCAGAAAGUGUUGCACAUUUUAAAAGGAUAUUUGAGCUGCAAAGAUGCUUUGUAGAUGUAAAUGUAUUGCCAUUAUGGAGCACAUGUAAAUUGUAAUCCCAGUUUAAGGUUUAUAAAAAUGUUAAGGCACUGUCUCUAGCUAUUUACGUGACAAUCAUAUCAAUAAACCUGAAUUAUAAAAAUAAAUGCCUUUAUUGAG